UAUUAUACUAAUUGUUUAAAGAGAAAUGCGUUUAACAAGAUUUUUGUGCGUUUUUGUGCAAAUGAUAUUAUUAAGGGAUGUACUUGGGAUUUGUGAAGAAAUAGAAUUUAUACCAGAAGGUGAAAUCAUUGUGACCGGGGACGAUGUUAUCUUCGACGGUGUUACGGAGGUGGAAGGAAAUGUACCUAUGACUGGCAACGUGGUAUUUGAAGGGCCUGUACGUGCUUCGGGAACUGUUACUAUAGUUGGAACAUCACAACCAAUGCUACCGCCUUUUGGACUGGGACAAUCCGUUGGAACUCCUAUGGUGAUGCCUAAUUAUUACAUACCAUAUCAUCUAUUACCAAAUACUUGGUACGCACCAGAUAUGACACUGGGAUAUGGGAACAGUGAAUCAUGUGGUGAAGAUUUGUCGGUGAUUGGAGAAACAUUACUUGAAGGUUAUCGCAACGCAAAUGGUCCCUUAUCCAAUGACUGGUGGCAGUGGAAUAGGAGCAGGUUCUUCACUUCCAGCCCUUAUAGGCAGUGGACCUAUGGCAGGCCUUGGCCUACAAUCAUCUAAUAGUCCAACAAAUGGAUAUGCCUAUACUCCUAACAUGGCUGGAAGCUAUAUGUCAAAUCAAAAUUUAGCCAAUGCAGUCAAUGCUGCAACAAAUUUAGCUAAUA